AUGGGAACUUGUGCGAAAUUUGAAAACGAAACUGAUUACACGUGCAGACUGGUGGAUUGUGACGGGGAAGUCUCGCAGUGGAGUACAGACGACCUUAAGCAGUACUGCAUUCUUAAGGACGCCUCACACAUUUCCUGUCUGGAAGUGUCUCUUCUGUACAGAGUCAUCGCCUGUAACGUACCCGGAUCAUACGGGUACUCCAACGACAUAUUUCCCGCGGCAAUCUGGGUCCGCAACGAUUGUUAUGCACAAUUCAAAGUUUGUUACAAAACAGAUAAUAUGAAGAAAUUAAGUAAUGAUCUGAACAACCCAUGGUCUAGCAUUCUCAUGAAUAAUAAAAAUGAGACAGAAAACUUGUAUGGGAAUAUUACCCACAACCAGUCUACACCGUACAACAAGUUCACAAAGAUUCGCUACUCCACAAACUUUCCUAUUAUUCCUAGACCGCCAAGACAAAAACCGUGGAAAUCUAAAAUAAAAAGAAAGCCAUCAAGUGCCGAAAAUUCUGAUACUGACGCGACAGAAAAUGUCCUUGCGGUUUCUAAAUUGCCCGAGACAACAACAAAAUCAGUCCAGGUUAACAACACAACAGUGAGUUCAACCAAACAGACAACAAAAGCGAACUUAAAAACGACCAAAGCAACCCAUCCUUCUACCAGUCCGGAAAACACAUCUGUUAAUAACCCGAGACCAGAGUCCGAGGCAAACAAUACUCUGCAGGAGAAAAAUCUGUAUUUCAUGAACAGUGGAGUGAUUCACGCAGGGGAAAUUGAUAUUGACGUCAAUGGUCGAAUUAAACAUCAUCACCUGUCUAACGACACGGCGGACGAGUUUGAGGUCAGCACGCCACACGGUGGUGGUUCCUCGCUGUCUGGAUCUGAGUUCCUGUUUGGCGCUGUCUUUGGGAUUGCUUUCCUUGUGCUGGUUCUGCUAGGCCUAGUCCUUUUUAUUUGCCGAGCUAAAAUCAAGAGGUGUGUUCACGGGAAAGAUGAAAACACAGGAACAACAGAACAGGAAAGAGACAGAGAUAUAUCUUUCAUCAGUGGGCCCAUCACGGCGGAAUAUCCAGGACACAGACCUAGACCUAAUGCUAACGUAGGGACCGUAAUCCGGAACACAAAUCCUCUCCAUAACCAGUUUAAUCAAGUAAAUCCGGGAUUCAAUCAACCGUUACCAAAUAACCAGUACUUCAUUUUACAACCAGAAAGCCAUUCAAACACUCCCCGCCAUCACAGAAAUUUACACAAUACAAAUACUGAGUAUGAGGACGAGGGCUCGCAUAAGUAUUUUGUUUUGGAGAAUUUUCCAUCGGAACUUAGUUGUCCUAAGGAUAAAGACGAUUAUGACAAUGCUGUGCCCCACCCCUGCUAUGGUGGGGUGAGUACAUUGCCUGACGAACACCCUCCUGAAAGCAAUUCAGUUGAUACUGAAGGAGAAAUUUUGAGAGCAGCUGGCUACCGUAGAAUCGGGGAUACGAAAAGACAGGUUCUUGAUCGUAGAGUGUCCCAAGUCUAG